CAGGAAUAUGGUACAUCUGUUGCUGUGCAGCUGGAUGUUGCUGAAUAACACUUCCAUGAGAUUGCUCUUCAAUCUUUCAGCUGUUCAGAAUGGCAAAGAACCCUAAUUUUCAGGAAGUUGCUCAUCAGCCCACAGGCUACAUCCACUAUAGAUCUUCAGACAGCUUUACUGGCUACCAAUAUAACCAUCCCUCCAAGAUGAGUAACAGCCACCCACUCCGCCCUUACACAGCCGUCGGGGAGAUCGACCACGUCCACAUUCUGUCAGAGCACAUUGGCGCGCUAAUGAACGGGGAGGAAUACAGCGAUGUUACCUUCAUUGUAGAAAAGAAACGUUUUCCAGCACAUAGGGUGAUCCUGGCUGCUAGAUGCCAUUAUUUCAGAGCGCUAUUGUACGGUGGAAUGAGAGAAUCUCAGCCUGAAGCAGAAAUUCCUCUUCAGGACACUACUGCAGAAGCAUUUACAAUGCUGCUGAAAUAUAUUUACACUGGUCGUGCCACACUACGAGAUGAGAAAGAGGAGGUUCUCCUAGACUUCUUAAGCCUAGCACAUAAAUAUGGCUUUCCAGAACUGGAGGAUUCCACAUCUGAGUAUCUUUGCACCAUACUCAAUAUUCAGAAUGUUUGUAUGACCUUUGAUGUUGCCAGUCUUUAUUCGCUUCCCAAAUUAACUUGUAUGUGCUGUAUGUUCAUGGAUAGAAAUGCUCAAGAGGUGCUGUCCAGUGAAGGCUUCCUAUCGCUCUCUAAGGCUGCUCUUCUGAAUAUUGUACUAAGGGAUUCAUUCGCAGCUCCGGAGAAGGACAUUUUCCAAGCUUUGAUGAACUGGUGUAAACACAACCCCAAGGAAAGCCAUGCUGAAAUCAUGCAAGCGGUGCGUUUGCCACUAAUGAGUCUAACAGAACUGCUGAAUGUUGUAAGACCUUCUGGAUUGUUGUCACCUGAUGCUAUUCUGGAUGCCAUUAAAAUUCGCUCUGAGAGUCGGGACAUGGACCUCAACUACAGGGGCAUGUUAAUACCAGGUGAGAAUAUCGCAACAAUGAAGUAUGGUGCUCAGGUUGUAAAAGGGGAGCUGAAAUCUGCUUUAUUAGAUGGGGACACUCAGAACUAUGACUUGGAUCAUGGAUUUUCUCGACAUCCAAUCGAUGAUGAUUGCCGGUCUGGAAUUGAAAUUAAACUAGGCCAGCCAUCAAUAAUCAACCACAUAAGGAUACUCCUGUGGGACCGAGAUAGUAGGUCUUAUUCCUACUACAUUGAGGUGUCCAUGGAUGAGUUGGACUGGAUUAGAGUUAUCGAUCACUCCAAGUACCUCUGUCGGUCAUGGCAGAAGCUGUACUUUCCUGCCCGUGUCUGCAGAAACCCUUUGUUAAGCACACCAGUCCUUGGGAUGCCCAAGGAAG